AUGAGCUGCGAUGGGAUCUGGGAUGUCUUUAUGAGCCAAAAUGCUGUGGACUUUGCUCGGAGAAGGCUUCUGGAGCACAAUGACCCGGUGAUGUGUAGCAGGGAUCUGGUUGAUGAAGCUUUGAAGAGAAAGAGUGGAGACAAUUUAUCAGUGGUGGUUGUUUGCUUCCAACCUCAAGCACCCCCUAACUUGGUUGUACCCCGUGGGAGAGUACAGAGGAGCAUAUCUGCCGAGGGUUUGAAGGAGUUACAAAGCUUCUUGGAUAGCUUGGGAAAUUAAGAUGACGAUGAAGGUUUUUCUUUUCUUUUUCACUCCUUUUUAAUUCAUAUUGUUCUUGCUAGAGAUUGGGAGAGAAUCAAUUGCCCAAAUGUAACAUAUGCGGCUAACAUGUUUUCUUUCUUUAGGCGACUCUGAUCCAUUUUAUUCCAACUUUUUUUAGGCACUGCUAGGAAUUUGAAUGAUCGAC